AACGCACAAUCCGGCGGCCUUUGCAAUCGGACGACGUUCGUGACUCGACCCUCAACUAUAAAGAGGACAGAUCCGUCGUACUAGCUUCUACGUGGCGCGCGCAGGGCUGGCUGUUUCUCGAUAACACGGCCGACGCCAGAGAAAAGGAAAUCUUCUCACGCGACAAAAACGCCGCCGCCCCUUUUCCCUGCGUGGUCAAAAUAAUAGCUUUUCAGCUUUCUGAUAUCGGGGAAGAUGGCGCCAAAACGCAAGGCCGAGCAGUCUAAGCCGGCGAAGGAUGAGCCGCAUGGUUAUGAGUUUUUCGGGCCACCUGGUGCCUUUGUCAUCUCCUUUGGCCUUCCGUUGGUCUGCUAUGCUUUUGCGUUUCUGUGCAAUGACAUCUCUGGGUGUCCUGCACCUUCGCUGCUCCAUCCGUCCACGUUGGACUUGGAGCAGUUGAAGAAGGAAGUUGGAUGGACUGGCUUCUCUGGCCUUAUCAACACCAAUGCAGCUCUCGGUACCUUGGCCUAUUACUUCCUCAGUCUGGCCUUGUAUGCUUUCCUUCCGUCUGUGGAGCCCGAGGGGACGGAGCUCACGACUGGGGGAAAGCUCAAGUAUCGAUUCAAUGCGUUCGGCUCAGCAAUCUUCAUCAUGGUCAUCCUCGCUGCUGGAACUAUAGUAGAGGGUGCCAACUUCUGCGCCUGGACCUUCAUAUCGGAGAACUUCGUAGGAAUCCUCACAGCCAACAUCACUAUCUCCUACGCCUUGGCCACCUACGUCUACGUCCUGUCCUUCACCGUCAAGCACCCCAAGGACCCAAAUAUGCGCGAGCUCGCCGCAGGAGGCCGCAGCGGCAACUUGCUCUACGAUUGGUUUAUCGGUCGGGAGCUCAAUCCGCGUGUCAACAUCCCUAUCUUUGGCGAAGUCGAUAUCAAGGCGUGGUGCGAGCUGCGCCCUGGGAUGCUCGGCUGGUCAAUCCUUGACCUCGCCUUCAUCAUGCAGCAAUACCGCAACUUCGGCAAAGUCACUGACUCCAUCCUCCUCAUCACCGUCGCACAAACCGUCUACAUCUUCGACGCACUGUACAUGGAGCCCGCCAUCCUCACCACCAUCGACAUCAUCUCCGACGGCUUCGGUUUCAUGCUUGCCUUUGGCGACCUCGUCUGGGUCCCCUUCACAUAUAGCAUCCAAGCGCGCUACCUCGCCACCUACCCCGUCGAGCUCGGCCUCAAGGGCAUCGUAGGCGUCUUCGCCGUCCAAGCCAUCGGAUACUACAUCUUCCGCUCCGUCAAUAACGAAAAGAACCGCUUCCGCACCGACCCCAACGACCCGCGCGUCAAGCACCUCAAAUACAUCGAAACCGCCGCGGGCUCCAAGCUGCUCGUCUCCGGCUGGUGGGGCACCGCGCGCCACAUCAACUACCUGGGCGAUUGGUUCAUGAGCUGGUCGUACGUGCUCCCCACCGCGCUGUCCGGCUACGUGAUCCGCAACGCUGUGACGCAUCCCGUCGACGCCUCCGCCACGGACGCUGUCUUCUUCCAGAACAGCUACCAGAAAUACGUCAUCCCAGGCGAGGCCAAGGGCUGGGGCAUGAUCUUCACCUACUUCUUCAUGCUGUACUUCGCCAUCUUGCUUAUCCACCGCGAGCGCAGGGACGAGGAGAAGUGCAGGAGGAAGUACGGGAAGGAUUGGGAGAAGUACUGCGAGCUGGUACCGUAUCGUAUCGUGCCGUACGUCUACUAGACGUGCAGCGUGAGGAAAUAAGAGGAGGGAGGAAGACGGAUGCGACGCUAUCAGAUCCGUCGGUUGGUUCGGGAUCUGAUUGAAGACGUGCAUUUGGGAUAGAUGGCGAAUUGAGCAACGGAGAAAAAAAGGGUGCAAUGCUAUCGCUCGGACGAUUAAAGACAUGCAUUCGGAGGGAGAAAACGGGAAGGCUGUUUGGGUAUUCAGAUGCCAUGCUAUCGCCUGGGCGAUUGAAGACAUGCAUCUACAAAACUUGGGACUGGAAUACGUACGGAUUGGAUGCAAUGCUACCGCGCGGACGGUCGAAGACAUGCAUCCCUUUGCACGGGAAAGAUGCAACGCUAUCGCUAGCAGGAGCAGGCGAUUGAAGACGUGCAUCUAGAGUAAUAUUUAAUAUGUAGAGUAACGUGAAAAAUCAAGAACUGGGGUGCUAUGCUACCGUCGCCGG